UGUUGGCUCCCCAAAACAGAGCAUAUUAUUAUCUCUAGGGUUGAUACUCGGCUGUCUCACUCUUGGCUUGAACCACUUCGUAAUCGAUCUUACAGACCCAAUCUGUCUCUCCCUUUCUCUCCAAAUGAGUCGGCACCCGGAGGUUCUAUGGGCGCAGCGGUCCGACAAAGUAUACCUGACGGUGGCCUUGCCGGAUGCCAAGGACGUUGACGUCAAAUGUGAGGCUGAGGGCUUGUUCACCUUCUCCGCCACCGGAGACCAAGGCCACCCUUUUCACUUCACUCUCCACCUCUACGGCCAGAUACUACCUCAGGGUUGUAAAACAAAGACAGGCUCAAGGAACAUCAUCUGCUCCAUCCAGAAACAACACAAAGGCUGGUGGCAACGGCUUCUCAAGACCCAAGAAAAGCCCGCCCCUUACAUUAAGGUUGACUGGAACAAUUGGUGCGAUGAGGACGACGAAAAAGACUCUACUUCUGAUUUGGCCUCUGAUGAUGAUGUCGAUACGAAUAUUGGUGAAGAGGAUGGAAGCAGUGAAGAUGAAGGAAUGCUCUAUCUGCCGGACUUGGAGAAGGCAAGGAAACAAAAGUAGCAUCAUCGCAUGUUAGCUAGGGCCCGAGAUGAUCCAUCGACUUUCUCUAGGAUAGCAUAGGUUAACUUACUCCUUAAGGUCAAAUUUUAUGCACAUUACAUAUGCUUGUAACUAUCUUCGUAUUGUUUUGAGCUUGGUAGUGCUGACCCUUUUGCUUUUGCUCAAUUGUUUUAAUUUUUUUUUCUGUCUCAACCUAAAAGAAUGGGAGAGAUUGCAGCCCUUCACAGUACUAUGUGAAGUAUGAAACUGCCAGUAAAAACUUUCAUGUUAGCCGCU